AGAAAGCUUUGAAUUUGCACAAAGAAGCCUCAUACAGCGACUUGGAGGGUGUCCCAAACGCGAGCCAAUGGGAGUGGUGCGACUGGUCCCGCCGGCGUUGGCUUCCCCGGAUGGAGUAAAGAACCCUGCCCCACAACCCCAGGCGGUUCCGAGACCAUUCUCUCAUUUUCUCCCUGGAUCCCGAAUGGCUGCGACACUGAUCCUGGAGCCCGCGGGCGGCUGCCACUGGGACGAGCCGGUGCACAUCGCCGUGCGCGGCCUGGCCCCCGAACAGCCGGUCACGCUGCGCGCGUCUCUGCGCGACGAGAAGGGCGCUCUCUUCCAGGCCCACGCGCGCUACCGCGCGGACGCCAGGGGCGAGCUGGACCUGGCGCGCGCGCCCGCGCUGGGCGGCAGCUUCGCGGGCCUGGAGCCCAUGGGGCUGAUCUGGGCCAUGGAGCCUGAUAAGCCGUUUUGGCGCCUGGUGAAGCGGGACGUGCAGACGCCCUUUGUGGUGGAGCUGGAGGUGCUGGACGGCCACGAGCCCGACGCCGGGCAGCAGCUGGCCCGCGCGCUGCACGAGCGCCACUUCAUGCUGCCCCGGGUGUGGCGGGUGCCGGUGCGCGAGGGCAAAGUGCGGGCCACGCUCUUCCUACCUCCAGAACCUGGGCCCUAUCCUGGGAUUGUGGACCUGUUUGGACUUGGAGGUGGCCUUCUGGAGUACCGAGCUAGUCUGCUGGCUGGCAAGGGUUUUGCUGUAAUGGCUCUGGCUUAUUAUGGCUAUGAUGACCUUCCCCGGAGCCUAGAGACUGUGCACCUGGAGUACUUUGAGGAAGCUGUGAACUACCUGCUCCAUCACCCUGAGGUAAAGGGUCCAGGGAUUGGGCUGCUUGGGAAUUCCAAAGGAGGAGAACUCUGCCUUGCCAUAUCCUCUUUCCUGAAGGGCAUCACGGCUGCAGUCAUAAUCAAUGGCUCUGUGGCUGUUGUUGGGGCAAGCAUACACUACAAGGACGAGACGCUGCCCCCUGUGGGUAUCAUGAGAGAUCGAAUCAAGGUGACCAAAGAUGGCAUCAAGGACGUUGUGGAAGCCCUGAAAAGUCCUUUGGAAGACCAGAAGAGCUUUAUUCCCGUGGAGAAGUCUGACACCACCUUCCUGUUCCUUGUGGGUCAGGAUGACCACAACUGGAAGAGCGAGUUCUAUGCUAAUGAGGCCUCUAAACGCUUGCAGGCCCAUGGAAAAGAGAAGCCCCAGAUCAUCUGUUACCCAGAAGCAGGGCACUACAUUGAGCCCCCUUACUGGCCCCUGUGCAGGGCUGCCCUGCAUAUCUUGGCAGGUGGUCCUAUCGUUUAUGGAGGGGAGCCCAGGGCUCAUGCCAGGGCCCAGCUGGAUGUGUGGGAACAACUCCAGACUUUCUUUCACAAAUACCUGGGUGGUGAGAGUUAAGGAGGGCUCUUCCAAAAAUUUAACCAAUUAUCUGAAGGUUUGGAAGAUAAGACUUAAGUAUAUUCUAAGAACACCAGUUAAGAUUAGUUCAUGUGAUUAGAGGAAAUAACUCCUCUAAGUUGCAUACUGUUCUCUUUAAAUAUUACUAUUCAAAAUAGUGUCUAUCCAAGGGCUGGGGUUGUAGCUCAAUGGUAGAGCACUUGCCUAGCAUGUACAAGGCCCUGGGUUUAAUCCUCAAUACCUCAAAAAAAAAAAAAAAGUGCCUAUCCAAAAAAUGAUAUCAGAAAUGAAAAGGGAACCAUAAGUAUAUACACAUUUAUUAAAUUAAAAAUUGGACCAUUACAGGGGCUGGGGCUGGGGCUGGGGCUCAAUGGUAGAGUGCUUGCCUAACAUGUGUGAGGCACUGGGUUCAAUUCUCAGCACCACAUAUAAAUAAAUGAAUUAAAUAAAAGUCCAUCAACAACUAAAAUAAUAUUUUAAAAAAAAGAAAAAAUUGGACUUACAGACAAAGCAAUUGUUUCCUUCAUUUCUUAAGAUACUGCCCACACAGCAACAAAAAAGGAUCUUGAUUAGGGGCCAUAGGAGAUUCAGAAAAACACAAACAUUAUAAGCAAGGCUGGGGCCAGGUGGGACACUGCCCUCUGAUGGAGGAAUAGUAACACAGAACUAGCUCAUCAUGUUUAUUAUGUAGGGUCUCAUUAUCAGGAAGUUUAACUACAGAAGCUUUGUAAAUUGUUCAAGGUUUGUGAGUUAUGAAGAGGCUUCUUUGUGUACUAAAAAGUUACAGAGCUAGAAACAUUUUUGUGGUUAUCUUGCUGUUACAGUGUUAGGAACUUCCUGCUGCUAUCCUGCUGUACCCAGAAAACCCACUAUACUAGAACAUGUGAUAACUAUUGAUGUCAGAGCUGACUAUCAAGGUUGUUCACAUCCUCACCUUUUGGCAGGGACUAUUUCCCAGGCUUGGCUUUUGCCUACACUGCAGGGUCAGCCAAUAACCAGGGCUCAUUCACUCUCCAUGUCUCUCCCUUUUUUAUUUUUUAACUGCAACUCAUGCAUGUCUCCUCAGAGGUGUUUGAACUGGGAUUGGAUGAGCUUGCCUGGGACAAAACAACAGAAUUAAGAGUAAGAAAGCAAACCCUAUGAGAUACCAUGCAGUAUGUUUUAGCAUAUUUUAAGAAUUGAAAGCAUUUACAUCAUUUAAUACCUUUUUUGCAAAACUGGAAGUGAUAAAAUGGGAAUUCUACUUUCCUGUGUAGCUUAGAGGUAAUCGUGCAGUUAUAAGAGAUCUAAACUAACAUUGUUAUGAUUCCAAAUUCCUAAUAGAUGCAUCUUUAUCUUUUUUUUAAUCCCAUUGGAAGCUAUCAUAUAGAAUAGGUAAUAAGUGACAUGAUAUUGUAAUGGUUGUCUGACAUUAAGACUUUGUAUCUGAUCACCCAAGGCCAUUACAAUACCCUCUAGUGUAUUUAACUUAGCUUUGAGUUUAUUAUCAUAGCCUCUUCUGAUUCUGGUCUCAUUCCCCCGUCUGAUUAAGGGAACCCUUACUGCUAUAAGGGGAAACAGGGGAUGACUGCUUUGGCUGCUUCAGGCUGAGAGGGAGUGAUGUGGAGCAAGCAGUUUGGGUUUGUCUUUUAGGAAAGUUUUGGGUCAGUCUAUUGGUCCGUGGUAAAAGUCUGGUUUGGAAAGAACUGGUUAUAUAGUCAUUUUUGAGGUUGGUGUUUCUAUGAGAGCAACAGAAGACAUGAGUACUGGAAUGAAAGAGUCCUUUAAUUAGGUUAAAAAAAUUAUUCUCAUUGACCCUAAAUAUGUUUUCUUCCAGUGGUCCUUGCUCAUGGAGUCAUUAAAAAAGAGAAAGGAGCCACUGCAUGAUUUAUGGGGCUUUGACUUCUUUUUAUGUUGUUUUACGGUUUAUAAUGGUACUUUUAAUUUAGACUGAAAUAUGCAGCCGCUUUUUAAGGUAAUAAAUCUAUUUUGAUUGUCAAGAAACAA